GUAUUUUGUAGACCAAAUAUCUACAACUACUACUUCAAAGGGUUUGUGUUUUUGUGCGACAGUUUGAAUCAAAGAAAAAAAUGGCAAUGGCGAGUUUUGUCCGGCGAAAUUCUUCAUUACUUUAUCUCUCUAGGAACCUCUACAAUUCCUCCUCCCCCGACGCUCUUCGUUACUCUCUCUCUCUAACCUCCUUCUCCAGAGGCUUCGCGUCGGGAUCUGACGACAACGACGUCGUGGUGAUCGGCGGCGGCCCAGGUGGCUACGUCGCCGCCAUUAAAGCCGCUCAGCUUGGACUCAAGACUACCUGUAUAGAGAAGCGAGGCGCGCUCGGCGGCACGUGCCUCAACGUGGGUUGCAUUCCUUCUAAGGCACUCCUUCAUUCAUCCCACAUGUACCAUGAAGCUAAGCAUUCAUUUGCCAGUCAUGGUGUGAAGUUCCCUUCUGUUGAGGUUGAUCUACCUGCCAUGAUGGGCCAAAAAGAUAAAGCUGUAUCUAGCUUAACACGUGGUAUUGAAGGUCUCUUAAAGAAAAACAAAGUUAAUUAUGUUAAAGGCUAUGGCAAGUUCAUCUCCCCUUCUGAAGUUUCUGUCGACACCCCUGAAGGUGGGAAUACUGUUGUCAAAGGCAAAAAUAUAAUUAUUGCCACUGGCUCUGAUGUCAAGUCUUUACCUGGGAUCACCAUUGACGAGAAGAGAAUUGUAUCAUCAACUGGAGCUUUAGCUUUGUCAGAAAUCCCUAAGAAACUUGUGGUCAUAGGAGCUGGAUACAUUGGCCUUGAGAUGGGCUCUGUAUGGGGCCGUCUUGGCUCAGAGGUUACUGUUGUUGAAUUUGCAUUGGACAUCGUUCCAACCAUGGAUAGUGAAAUUCGCAAGCAAUUUCAACGUACCCUUGAGAAGCAGAAGAUGAAAUUCAUGCUCAAAACUAAGGUGGUUUCAGUUGACACUUCUGGAAAUGGUGUGAAGUUGAUUCUUGAACCAGCAGCUGGUGGUGAGCAAAGCACACUCGAAGCUGAUGUUGUUCUUGUUUCUGCUGGUAGGACUCCAUUUACAGCUGGACUUGGGUUGGAUAAGAUUGGAGUGGAAAUGGAUAAGAUUGGUAGGAUCUUAGUUAAUGAACGAUUUGCUACAAAUGUAUCAGGUGUCUUCGCAAUUGGAGAUGUUAUUCCUGGGCCAAUGUUAGCCCACAAGGCAGAAGAAGAUGGGGUUGCAUGUGUUGAGUUCAUAGCGGGCAAGGAAGGCCAUGUGGAUUAUGAUAUGGUCCCUGGAGUUGUUUAUACACACCCGGAGGUGGCAUCUGUUGGAAAGACCGAAGAGCAGGUGAAGGUGCUUGGGGUUGAUUACCGUGUUGGAAAAUUUCCUUUCUUAGCAAACAGCAGGGCCAAGGCAAUUGAUGAUGCGGAAGGAGUGGUCAAAAUAAUAGCUGAGAAGGAGAGUGACAAGAUACUGGGUGUCCACAUCAUUUCGCCAAAUGCUGGGGAGAUCAUUCAUGAGGCAGUUCUGGCCUUGCAAUAUGGGGCGUCAAGUGAGGACAUUGCACGCACAUGCCAUGCACAUCCAACAAUGAGUGAGGCAUUGAAGGAGGCUGCCAUGGCCACUUAUGACAAGCCCAUUCACAUUUAGAAGAUGUGAUGCAUCUUAUCUUUUCUUGUUCUAUUAUUUCUUGAGCUUUGGAACAACUUAGCAGAGGCUUUCCGAUAUCUACCUGUCACUCAUCAAGUAGAUCAGGUGGUAGAACAUAAGGUUGCUUUUCUUCUUUUUCCUUCCCUUCAUUUGGGAUCACAGUACAAUCUGAAUGUCUCCUUGAUGCUUAAUAACAAUAGAAGAGGUGUACCUUGAGUUUAUGCGGCAUUAUGUGCAGUUUACAUUUACUGAAAUGAUAUUUGUUUACACUGAAA